UAUGGCUGUAACGUACCAAAAUGUGACAAAAGUCAUGGGGUCUGAAUACUUUCCGAAUGCACUGUAGUUAUGUUUAGUGUCUUGUGCUAAGAGGGUAAAUAACCACAUACCCCUCAUUAAUCCUUUGUUAAUUUAACAUUUGAAACAGGCUUGUGUAAAUACCUGAUUUUAGAGAGACAGUAAACAUUGGAUAGAACAAGGACAAUUGAAUAUAUAUCUUACUGAGGUGAUGUAGAUGGAAUAAAUGUAUUCAUUAUCAAUUUCUCCUAUCGUCUUGAAAGAUACAGAUCAUAAGAGAUUUGAUGUGUAACGUAAUAAGCUGUACCGUAAUUAACAGAACAGCGCGCACGACCUUUUCAUUUAACCACACCCUUUAAGUUAUGACGCCAAACAAACGGAAGUGACCAAUAACAAUUUCCACGUUAAGGUUUUUAUUGUUAUUUCGACAUUUAUUAACACACUGGAAUACUGCUAAUUUAACUGCACAGCAUCACAUACUUAACGUUACCCCCAGUUUGUGUUUAAUUCGCGUUAGCUAACCAUGGCAAACUGUGACGGUGUGGUUUUUCACACUCAGAUAGCAUCCAUUAUGGAGGUGCUAGCGAAUGCAGCCGUUGUAGAGAUCUGUAAACUCGUUGACGAUGACUAUGCAGUGUUUCGUUUGGAAAUGUCUCAAAGCCAGAAAGAAAACAGGGCAUUGCGGAGGAAACUACAGCUUCUGGAAUUGAAGGUAUCACGGGAGCGCGUCCUCGCGAGUCGUCCCAAUAGUGUCAAGAUCCUCGACGAAUACAGAGGAAUAGCAAGAGGUACAUUUUGCUGAAUGCCGAGGCUGCGCGGCCUGUCGCCCGGUUAUCCUCUGCUCGUGUUCAGAUGUGUUACCCAGAUUUGGAACUUGGUGAAGGACAUUUCACUGGAGGCCACAGGAGCUUUGUGAAGCCAGCGGAACACAACGCGUGGAGAGAUGACCAACCCAUAGCUAUAAAUGAGGGGACUGGAACCUCAACCCAGCAUGUUAUCGUGAUAGAGCCUGCGGAUGCAGAGGCUGUAGGUCCUGGAGCAUCGUCUUUGGUCAAGCAGGAGAGGACUGAAGGAGAGGAGGACCCACAACACAGCAGAGACAUCCAUGCUGGAGCAGCGGCUGGAGUGGCGCCCCCUGUAGCCAUGGUGGACCUUGCCACCACGCCCCAGCCCAGGACCCGACCCAGCAUCACGGAGGUCAGUGGAACACUGAACGCCGUCCUCAAGUCAGAGACAGACACCGAGACACACAGGCUCUUACACACAGGAUUUGACCACGGAUCAGACCCAGAGCGACUGUUGCUGGGGAGACUGGGCUGUUCUCCUGCUCCUGACUCAAAAUAUUUACUUUAUGAAAACUCGAGCCCAAGGACAGUUCAUUCCCAUCAAGACUCAAGUGAUGCAUUAGAGACUGGUAAUGAUCUGUCUCGUUCUUAUACGACAGAGAUGGACCCUGGCAUCAUGCCCUUGGUAUUAGAGACACAGACUGAUCUGUCUAGAGGGGACUGGAACCCAUUCAGUAGUAGCGUAUGCUCUGAAGAGUGCCUAGAUAAGAAAGGGGAGGUUAUAGUGAUAGAUGAGGUGAAAGUGGAAGGCGACGCUCCUCUGACAUGUAAUGCAGACGAGACUCCUAUAUGGAAAGGAUACUCGCAGGGCAACACCAGUGACUUCUUAGACUGCAGGGAUGGGUUAGAGACCAGUCUAAAUGUCGCGACCCACUCCCCUUCACACGUGUUCAGGGAUCGCGACCCAGUGUCCACGUCGAUGGCACCUUCCGAUUCACAUGGCCGCGUCUUUUUCGAUCAGGUAUUUAACUCCAACGACAGGGCUAGAGACAAGGUUCGGGGAGGGGGAGCAGCAUCAGGCAAUAGUAAAGAGAAGCGGUUCCUUUGCAUGUUCUGUAACAAAGGCUUCAGCUGCCUCCAGAAGGUGGAGAUCCACCAGAGGGUCCACACAGGGGAGAAUCCCUUCAAUUGUACCCAGUGUGAGAAGAGGUUCUCCCGCCAGGACCACCUGAAGAGGCACCAGAGGGUCCACACAGGGGAAAAACCCUUCAGCUGCCCCCAGUGUGAGAAGAGGUUCUCCCAGGCUGGUGACCUGAAGAGGCACCAGAGGGUCCACACAGGGGAAAAACCUUUCAGCUGUACCCAGUGUCACAUGCGCUUUGCCCUGGCUGGCAACCUGAAGAUGCACCUGAAGGUCCACGAGGGAGAGAGGCCAUUCACCUGUAUGCACUGUGGGAAGAGGUUCUCAGAGAGGAGCUACCUCAGGACACACCAGCAGAAAAAACAUUCCGCUGUAUAACAUAAAGUAACCAUUCUGCUCGAUAGCUUCUAACAUUUAGAUUAAAGUCAAAGAUUACUUUUUACUGUCAGCUAAAAAAAUCCACAGAUGCAUUUGGAAUAGUAACAUAUUUCAGUGUUGGAUAUUCCUGGGUAGAAUAUUGCAUCCAGACAUUGUGUGAUAUACACUGCCUUCAGAAAGUAUUCACAUUACUUGACUUUCUCCAAAUGUUGUGUUACAGCCUGAAUUUAAAAUUGAUUAAAUUGAUUGUCUUUUUACAAAUUUAAUAAUAAAUGAUAAGCUGAAAAGUAUUCAACCCCUUCGUUCAGGAGUAAAAAUGUGCUUAACAAGUUGCAUGGACUCACUCUGUGUGCAAUAAGUGUUUAACGUGAUUUUUGAAUGACUACCUCAUCUCUGUACCCCACACAUACAUUUAUCUGUAAGGUCCCUCAGUCGAGCAGUGAAUUUCAAACACCGAUUCAACCGCAAAGACCAGGGAGGUUUUCCAAUGCCUCGUAAAGAAGGGCACCUAUUGGUAGAUGGGUAAAAAUAAAAAGCAGACAUUGAAUAUCCCUUUGAGCAUGGUGAUGUUAAUAAUUACACUUUGGAUGGUGUAUCAAUACACCCAGUCACUACAAAGAUACAGAUGUCCUUCCUAACUCAGUUGCCGGAGAGGAAGGAAACCGUUCAGGGAUUUCACCAAGAGACCAAUGUUGAAAUUAUUAAUUUUAAUACUUUUACCCCUUUUUCGUGGUAUCCAAUUGUCUCAUCACUGCAACUCCCGUACGGACUCGGGAGAGGCGAAGGUCGAGAGCCGUGCGUCCUCCAAAACACAACCAACCAAGCCGCGCUGCUUCUAGACACAAUGCCCAAUUAACCCGGAAGCCAGCCCACCAAUGUGUCGGAGGAAACGGAGUGCACCUGGUGACUGUCAGGGUGCACUGCACCCGGCCCGCCACAGGAGUCGCUAGUGCACGAUGGGACAAGGACAUCCUUGUCCCAGGCAAACCCUCCUAUAACCUGGACGACGUUGGGCCAAUUGUGCACCGCCCCAUGGGUCUACCGGUCGCGACCGGCUGAACCCAGAAUCUCUAGUGGCACGCUAGCACUGCGAUGCCAUAGACCACGGCGCCACUCGGGAGGCCCAAUGGUGACUUUAAAACGGAGUUUAAUGGCUGUGAUGCUGUGAUAGAACUGAGGAUGGAUCAACAACAUUGUAGUUACUCCACAAUAAUAACCUAAUUGACAGAGUGAAAAGGAAGCCUGUACUGGCUGAGUUAUUGUUUUGACUUAAAUCUACUUGAUAAUCUAAGGCAAGACCUGGAAAUGGUUGUCUAGCAAUGAUCAACAAUCAAUUUGACAGAGCUUGAAUAAUUGUUUUAAAGAAUAAUAGGCACAUUUGCACAAUCCAGGUGUGGAAAGCUCUUAGAGAUUUACCCAGAAACACUCACAGCUCUAAUCGCUGCCAAAGGUGCUUCUACAAAGUAUUGACUCGGGUGUGAAUACUUGUCAAUUUCUGUAUUUCAUUUUCAAUAAAUUAGCUAAAAUGUCUAAACAUGUUUUCACUUUUAUUAUGGGGUAUUGUCUGUAGAUGGGUGAGGGGAAUUAUUCAAUUUUGAAUCCAUUUUGAACUCUGACUGUAACACAACAAAAUGUGGAAUAAGUCAAGGGGUAUGAAUACUUUCUGAAGGCACUGUAUAACGCAUAUAUAAGCCUAAAAAGUCUGUUAGAUAUUGUGUUUGUACUGUGUAGGCUAUAUCUUCACAAGUGCCAGUUUAAUUACUUCCAUUCAACUAUUGACAUUGUUCCCAAGACACUUUUAUUGAUAGAAUGAAUGCCGUUUAUGAAGUUCAUGCAGAUAUUUUGUUGAGACAUUACAUUUUAGUAAUUUAGCAGGAGCUCCUAUCCAGAGUGACUUACAAUUAGUUAAUUCGUUUUAAAAUGGCUGGAUUAGAACCACAUUGCAGUCGUAGCAAAUACAAUUUCCCUCAAAGUAGUUCUCAGCAAAGUCAGUCCUAGUAGCCAAAGUAAAUAAAUAUUGGUGGGGGGGUUAAUUUAAUAUAUUCUUUUGAAGAGGCAGGGUUGCAGAUGUUUUUGGAAGUUGAGCAGGGACUCUGCUGUCCUAGUUUCAGGGGGAAGCUGGUUCCACCAUUGGGGUGCCAGGACAGAAGAGCUUUGAUUGGGUUAAACGGGAGCUGAAUGGGCUAAAACACCUACUUAAAAAAAAACAUUAGCUGACAUGGGCUAGUUGAUCUGGACAUUUCUGACAAGUUAUAAAUCUCUCUAUGGUAUGCAAUGACGAGAGGAACUUAUGAUGCACAACCCAAUUUUGAAAUUGCACCUUAGUGAGUUCUAUUACAACUUUCAAGAGUAAGUUUAAAGCCGGACUGAGUUCCUUAAAAAAAUCUACAAAAAAAAAAAUAUAUAUACACUUGACUGG